AGGUCUAGUAAAUCCCAAAAGGCAACUCCUGCCAACUACGACUACAAACUGAUUUCUUCUAUUGCUAAGCGUGCAGAAGUUUUGCUCACCCAAAGAAACACCAAUAAAAAGAUGUCGGCCGUCGCUCGUCCGGGUAGCGCCACGGCGCUGCCAAAGCCGAAGGCCAAGGCGAAGGCGAAAAUCGGGCCGCCGAAGCCGCCCGGUGAUGUGGACACGAUGAUUUGCGGCCGCGGCCAGUAUAUCAAAUGUAAAAAUGUCUGGGUCUGGAACAAAGCAACUUGUGAUGCUGAAUUUGGAUUCUACAAAAAUCUGUAUUGCGUGAACAGCAAAAGAGGUCCAGUUUUUGCAACGGCGAGAGGGCAUUUCUCAUGCAGUAUAGGCAUCAGGAAGCCCUCGCAAAAUCUGUGAUGCUAGAGCAUGCAUGAUAGACAUCACGGGCCAUGCAAAAUGUGCAUGACAAGCCUUGCAAUCUUCCAGACCCAGACACUUUUGCACUUGAUACAGUACCUGCAGAAGACCGGCGCGGAUAGCGUCCGCCACACCGCAGACGAGGACGGGAAGACCUUCGGCCCGUUUGCGCAGGUCUUUUGGGGCAUCGCGGAGCACAUUUCGGAGGACGUGCAGGCCCACUACAUGGCGCCUCUGCUCGGGGACGAAAACAAGGGCAACGUCUGUUUGCUGUUCUUCGGCGAGGACUCCUUCAAAUCCGAAUUUUUCGGCGACACCCACAUCCUCUUGCAGAAAGUCGCAAUGGGCCUGAAGGAAGAAGCAGCGGGGGGGUUGAAGGUACUACUUUAUUUAACACCUUAGAUCGUUCCUUUCGUGCAUCUGACUGUUGUAAAUGCGCUAUUCUUUUUCGCAUGAUCUACAUCGUAAUCGUAUCAAUUUCAUCCAUUUGCGCCCGAACGAAUACGAAAAAAACUCGCUUCUCAGGUGCAAAUGGUUUUCUGCGCCACAACGAACGAGCUGACGGAUGUUCUCGACGGUGGCGCCAAGCUGGACGCCAAGGAAUUUGAUUCCGCUACGGGGGCCCACAAGAGCGCGACCGCGAUGACCAUCAGCUCGCUGUCGAACACGCAACUGAAGGACUUUUUCGCGACGACGUACAGGAAGCCGGACCCGCUGGGGUCAAUCUUUUACUACUUCAAGACCCCGAAGCGCUUGGUCACGGUGGUGGAUUUUUGCCCCGAGUACUCCGUGGGCCGGCAGCUGGCGACCGACCAGCAGGCGAGUUUGACGUUGGUCGAGGCGCAGUACUACCUGUUAUUCGGGGAAAUCCGAGAGGCCCAGAACAUCGCCUCCAACUCCGCGGUCGCGGCCUUGAAGGCCUGCAUGAACGUGGUGUUGAACAAGACGCAAACGACCAAAACGGGCGUUUUCUACUGCGUCAACGGCGACGACGAGCACUGCAAUGCGACGUUGGAGCACGCCCGCUGCAUGGUGGAGAGUCGGGCGAACCCGGCGGGCACUGCGGGCGCCGCGUUUUCGCUGUUUGCCGACGCGCUAAACACAGAGCUGGCACGGAUGCAAAACGAUUUGAGCACUAUGAUCCCGGAUGGUGACCAGCGGGCCGGUGUGUUUUCGGAACCGCAAACGGGCAGCCGGAAGUCGCUACUGUACGAGGAUUCGCGCGCCGCGUCCGCGUUUUCCCACACGGAAGGGGGACAACUACUGCAGAAGAUGCGCCAGCUGCGAGACCGGCCGGACAUGUUGAGCAAACUGUUGACCGCGCCGCGAUGCGAGCUCUUUGACGGGUAUCAAAAGUCGAUCAUGCUGGAAAAGGAGGUGCAGACAAGAGAUACGGAACUCAACGAAGCGCUAGAGCACGAGAACGAACUGCAGGAAGCCAGUCACCACAUGAGCGAGAUGCUGCUCGCGGCCACGGACGAGCUGGAAAAGACGAAGAAGGAACUGGUAGAAAGCCAGAAGGCCAACGCAAAACUGCAGAAAGAUGUCGCGCAGAUGCGAACGGAGAGGGCGGAAAUCGAGCAGCUACUUUCUACGCAAAACGCGGAGAUGAGACAGCUCAUGAAGCAGGCACAGCAAUACAUGAAAAACAUCUACAACACAACGCAUUGAAAUUGAUUGCACUCGCAUUUUUGUGGAGAAUCCAGCCACGACGCCCAUGAAGAUACAACUACAGUUUUUUGUACCCAACCAAACUCGAAAUCUACGUCACUAGCAAGCGCCGAAAAUUUCUACGACGCUUGACGUGGUCCUUCUCUCCCCGCCUACCCCGAUAAUUUGCAUUCAUCGCAAACUCCCUGCUAGAAAGACGGUCAUUCGAUCUUGAUGUUUCAAGGUGAUACCAACGUCCGACUCCAAUGUUGUUUUACUUUUUUUGUAGUUUGCAUACGCAUUGGUACUAGUGGUCGUCAUACAUAGAGUUCAGUUUCUGACAUACUCGUCGUACCAUCUGAAAGUAUUUCUUAUUCUUUGCUCCUCCAUCCUUCGCCUUCCUGUGACUUUUGCUUUUCUUCUUCACAUUUCGAUAUUCGUCUUGGUGAUUUGAAAUCUAUGCGCACUGUGUCUCAUCCCAAGAUUCGCUGUGAAGCAUCUAUAUUAGCUACGUUGUCUCAGGACGAGGAUUUUGGCUCCCUGUUGUUCUAGUAGUUGCCUCUUAUGUCUAUGCGCU